GCUCCGGGCACGGGGCAGCCUGUAAGAUGGACACAAUGACCUCCUCAAGGAGAAACGCAGGAGGGGUCAGUGUACGAAGGACAGAAUCACACGAUGUUCCAGACAUUAUCAGCCUCUUCAGCACCGGUACAGAAGGUGUUUUUGGAAGGGUUAAUGUCAUGUUCCUUUUAGAAAAAUCAAAUCUUGCUUUGACCCUCUGCAAUGAGAAGAAUGAGGUUAUAGCCCAUGCUGCCUUUCUAGACUAUCCAAAUUGGAAUAUCACUGAUCAGGCUGACUGGGAACCAUUCCUGCGUAAAAACUACACUAACCAUAAGUGCACUCCUUUGAACACACUGUUCAUGCAUCUCUUUGUGGCAAAGGAAGAAUACGCCGCUGGAUGUUCCCGGGAAACUGUGAGGAGAGCUUUCAUCUUACUACCAGAACUGCAGUUUAUCCUUCUCUUCAUACCAGCUGAGGAAAAUUUAGAGCCAGGCAUGAGGGGUGUCUUUGCAGUGAUGCCUCCUGCUCCAGCAUCGGCAGUGGGUAUAAAGUUUACCCUGCUCGUGUGCCCCAGGCACCGGUGCCACCCACGGCUGCACGUGCGCCAGGCGAGGUUGGAAGAUUAUGAUGAUCUCAUGCCAAUCUGGACACAUCAAAGUAAGACUUUGAAAAAGACCUUUGGUGAAUAUCUCCUUGUUGACCUCAUGGAACAUCAAGAUGAAGAAAAUAAGGCAGCUGUUUGUGAGGUUGAUGGUACUGCAGUAGGAUUCAUGAGCUUAUGUUCUCAAGUGAAUGUUUCCUUGUUUCAAGAGUGUUUUGACUUAGGGCCUUUCCAUGGACUCUGUAAACAACAUGCUGAAGAUGUUCUCCAAGUGCCACGGAAGCCAAGCGUUCAAGAAGGUGAAGAUGAAAGCAACCAAACGAGUCAGAAACCAGAGCCUGUUUCGUGUGGGGACUUGGAAUGUGUUCCUGGUCAAGAUGCAGCUGUGCAGGAAGAUGUGGCUAUGACUGUUUCCCCGACUGAGCUGCCAUUGGAUGAUGGCAGCACCACAGAUUCCAAAGCCUCAGAGACAUGUCCCUUUGAGAAUAAGGAGGAAGGAGAUUUUCGUCCACUGUACAGAGGAGCUCCUAAUGCCUUCUGUAUCCGUCUGUUAUGUAUUGAUGAGGCUUAUGAAACCAGGUCACUGGAUUUCUUGCAUUAUGCUUUUGAGGUUUUCCCAGACAGAGACUUCUGUGUCAUCCUGGUGCCCCAUCAUGUACCGGAGUUCCCCCUGCUGCGGAGUUUUGCUCGAGCUGUCCCUUUCUGUACCUGCAGGCUGGGUCGUGAGCUGUACGUGCUGCACCGUGCGGGAUUGCUCACGUCAUUUAAUGUACGAAAGGCAACAACCAAUGACCUACCUGGUGUCAAAACACUUGUUGAAACGCUUAGUUUGAGUGACAGGAUAUGGAACGACUCCAGGAUAUUCACUGAGGCUCGCCGGGACCCCGAUGGGAUGCCAGUACAGGCUUUUGUAGCAGAGGUUCUGGAUCAAAUUGUCGGUGUUUCUGUCAUCAGGGAUGAAAUGGAUAUCGAGUAUGUUCGAUCACAUUACAACAUUGAAGAUUUUAUUCAUUUUAAUUGCUACCAGCAAGAAGAACAUGGACAUCUUUGCCACUUUGUCUUAAAUCCUGUAUUUCAUCGCUAUACAAAACACUUUCUAAAGGAGAUUCUUCGCUUGGCACACAAAUCUGCUCUUUACUAUCCCGUUUAUCCACGGUAUGUGGAAGGCAAGUUCCAGAGCCCCUGUGCCCAUUCCCUGACAUCUGCCCUUCAUUACAUGGCUCCCGUGCGGCCCAGACGACAGAUUGUCUAUCCUCUGCGAGAGCUUGGCGUGAACGCUCCGUCAGAGCGGCUCUGCAAGGAUCAGUUGAGUUACUCUUUGAACCUCACAAAUCGAAAGCUGGUGCUGGAAUCUAAAGUGUCUAUCAACACUAGAAUUGUGGUGAUUGGUGCAUCUGAUGUUGGAAUCUCCUUUCUGGAAACACUGAUUUUUUGGCCGCGUCUGAAGUUUAACAACCUGACCUUGAUUUCAGUUCAUGGCCUUCCAGGAAAGGAUCCACCAGGCUCUAAGCAUAGAAGAUUUUUAAUUCACAGCCACUGUUUUAAUGAUGAAGAUUAUGCACAGAUGUCACUUUGUUCCUGGGUUAACGUUGUAGUUGGCAAAAUGACUGGCAUAAAUCGUGCUGCCAAAUACGUGGUUGUUUCCGAGGAGAAGAAAGUACCGUACGACUACCUGGUCCUGUGCACGGGACAGACCUACCAGGCCCUGGCUCCCACUGGAGCAGAUAUCAAACUCCCAACUGACAGCAAAGUCAUGAGUGAGUGGCCACAGAGAUACACGGGGAAAAUCCCUUCCAAUCACUUCACUCUCAACGAUGAGCAGGAUUGCUUGCAGGCGGCACGCUGGCUGGAGGAAAACCUUGUCAUGUCCAGAGGGAACGUCAUUGUCUAUGGCAAUACAAUUGACAUUUACACCACAGUAGAAACGCUCUUGUCUCUCGGAAUUGCUGGUUCUCGCAUCCACCUCGUGCAGCCCCCGCUCAGCUCGGAUGUCACCUGUGUGAACAACGCCGAGGUGGAGGGCGCAGUGCGGGGGGCCCUGGCGCAGGCGGGCGUGGCCGUGCACGGGGACAGCGUCCUGGCACAGUGGGGCGAGGGCAGCGACCCAGAGCUGAUCACCUGGGCUGCCUUCACCACUGCCACAAACCCGCUGAAACUGCAGUGCUCAGCAUUUUUUAGCUUUGCCUACAAGGCAGUGGAUUAUGAAACCUUUAAGGCAGUCAAUGAUGCUUGCCUUGUUUUUGAUGGAAGGCUCGUGAUUGAUGCCAAGUUCUGCACCAAUGACGUCAGCAUCAGGGCUGCAGGUCCUCUAACAAAGUUCUCCAGGAGAUACUGUAGGGAUGAAUGGACGCACAGCAACUUCAGUUCCAAAGAGGUUGGCUUUGAGCUUGCUGCAUCCAUGCUGAGUCUCUUUGAUCCAGCCCUUCAACCCCAUUCUGAGCCACCAGAAGGCCCAGACAGACUCAUCCCCAUGUACAAAGGAUGUAAAGUUAAAGGAGGUGUUCUUCCUGGAGGUUAUAACUACUUGCACAUCUCCAAACCAGCAAUUCCCAUCCGCUUGGACGUAGAACUUGCCCAGUGUGACCACGGGACAGAGAUAAUAACUGGAGAGGCAGGACAUGGGAACUACUUCAGGAUGCAUUUCAGCAAGUACAACAUGGUGGACAGCAUCACCUGCUUUUCCAAGGAGCCCAUUCCUGUCUCCAACUACCUGUGCUUGUACGGACAGCACGAGCGCCUGCUGAACGACCUGUACUAUCGCUGGAGGAAUGGGCAGAUCACAGACCUUUACAGCUACUUCAGGGAACCUUGGUCCAUGGCCAUCUAUCACGAUCGGUUUAUUGAUCUCCAGAAGGAACUGCGCCAAAUCCUGAUCUCAGAACAGGUGCCAGGGCAGCCCCCCACCGCUGAGCACAGCCCCGGCCCGCCCGCCCUGCUGGAGCCCAUCCUGCGCUUCCUGCGCCGCCACCGCGCCCACCUGCCCAUGUACGCCCCGACCGACACCUACGGACCCCUGCGGACCCAGCCUGCGGCAGGCACUGAGGGACCGAAGCCGGGCAGAGCUGGGCACGGGGCAUCGGCGGUGCUGGUGUGGGGAGCUGCGACCCCUCCUCGGAACACGCCCUGACACGGUAACUGGGACGAUAUUCCCAACAGCCAGGGCCGGGUAAAUCUCCUGUUCCUCUUAGGAAAAAAAUGGCUCUUUUUGGCACUAAUAAAGCUCCCUUGCAGCUC